CAAAACACCGAAAAGAGUAAAUGAAUAUUCCGUAUUACGGAUCAGAGGUUCAACUUCAGCUUUAGCCUUCAGGCUGCACAAUCACCUUCACUGUCUCACGGAUUCAGCUUUCACCCGUUUCAGGAUGGGAGAAAGAAUAAAAGACGAGAAGUUUAGAGAAAGCGGUCCUAAGUAAAAAAGCUCGAUGGAAAAUUUUGUUUGUGUGAAGAAGUCAAAUCCUGGAUGUCUUCCUCACGAUGAGAAUUCAGAGGAUGAGAGUGAUUCAGAUUAAAAAAAUCAGAAUAGGCAUAUUUAAUCGUGAUUUCAGUUUACGUGGAUGGCAUUAGUUGUCAUAUGCGGCCAACCUUGUAGUGGAAAGUCGACUGCAGCAGCCUGCUUAGCCGAUGCUCUUAACGACUCUGACAAUAAACCUUCUGUCAGAAUAAUUGACGAAACAUCCUUUCAUCUUAGUCGUAACCAAACCUAUGCUGACAUGACCGCUGAAAAGAACCUACGGGGAAUUUUAAGGUCUGAAGUCGACAGAUCCUUGUCAAGAGACAAUGUUAUCAUCGUUGACUCCUUGAACAGCAUAAAAGGUUACAGAUAUGAGUUGUGGUGCUUGGCUCGAGCGGCCGGGACAAGAUAUUGUGUAUUGCACUGUGACGUGGAUGACAACACGUGCCAAACAUGGAAUAAUGAACGUAAAGAGAAAGGAGAACCUGUGUAUGAUGAUGUAAUUUUUCAAGAUCUGGUGAGAAGGUUUGAGAGGCCAGAUAGCAGAAACAGAUGGGAUUCUCCAUUGUUUGAGCUAUGGCCUUCUAGAGAUGGGAUUGACAAAUCUAACCAAGCCAUUUUAGAUGCUGUUUUGUAUCUGACUAAAAGAGUUGACUCGAAAACAAGGGACGUCAAGAUCUUACAGCCAACAAUUGCGACACAAAGUGCUCGGGCAUCAGAGGCUAAUUCUCUAUAUGAGAUGGACAAAGCGACUCAAGAAGUGACCAACGCUAUUGUAGAAGCACAAUCUAAUGCACUUGGGGGGCCAAUCAAUGGUGUAUUUAUAGGGACAGGGUUGCCUAGCGUUGAUAUUUCAAAACCAGUUAGCUUGCCGGAGUUGCGAAGGCUUCGUCGGACCUUCAUUAAGCUUACUGGGCAGGCUAGCCUGAGUGGGCCACCCCCUCCUUCAGAUGCUUGCAGCUCUAAGAGGAUGUUUGUCGAUUACUUAAAUAGAGAACUGGGAAACAUUUGAAGGGGAUUAAUCAUGAUGGUGCUGGUGAUUGUUCUUCAACAGCAUUGCAUAAUGGAUAUCAUUCCAAAGAAGCAUACCACAUACAUGGAGGAUUUUUAUCUGGUAAUUGGAUUGUGCAUUUUUUGUUUUGUAUCAUAAACCUUACUCAAACACGCACUUCAGGCACUAGUCAUGAGUUACAUUGAAGUUAAUGUUGAGUAAUUUACUAAAUUGUUUUUCAGUUAGAUGUUAGAAGAUGCUACUCUGCGUGUCUAAGAUCAUUUCCACCUGGGUUUUUUCUCAAAUGAUUGCUAAAUUGCAGAGUUUUCUUUCCACUUGUAGGCAUGGUUGUCACAGCAGUAAGGCGAGGCACGGUGCCAACCGACUGCCUUAUCGCCUAGGCGACAAUUAGGCAGCUAGUCACACAAUACGUAGUAAUUAAAUAUGCAAAGUAAUAUAUUCAAAUGUAUCUCUAAUUUGUAAUAUACUAUGUAUUAUUACUAUUAUAUAGUACAAAUUAAGUUAUACAAAUUAUCCCAUACUUUGAAGGGGUGUGAGAUAAGCAUCCCAAACUUACACAUGUAAUAUACAUACCCCAAACACUAUAUAUAAGAAGUUAUGUUGCAUCAUGAUCAUAUGUUUUUUUUCACAAAUGUAAUUUAUUGUGUUAAGUGCAUAAUAUAUAAUACAAAAACAUUUAUGAGGAUGCAAUUAAAUAUAAAUUGUAACGGAUGUACUAUUAUUUAUUUCACAAAUCAAUUUUUAGAAUGUUAAUUGCAUCCUAACAAAAUUUAGAGUAUUUUAAAUUAUGCAAUUAUUCUAAUAAGUUUAUAUUUGUAUGAAAACACAAUCAUGAUGUGAAAAUAACUUUUUAGAUAAAGUUCAGGGUAUAUAUAUUACAUAUACAAGUUUGGGGUACUUAUCUCACACCCCAUCAAAGUUUGGGGUAUUUAUAUUAUUUUUCCCUA